GUUUUAUUGAGAAAAGAGCAGAUUUGAUGGAGGAAGAAGGCAAAAUAAUAACAGUAGAAGAGGUUCUAAUACAGGAAACGGCGAGUCUAAUCGAGGAAAGAGUAGAUUCGACGAAGAGAAAAGGCAAAAUAUCAACAGUAGAAGGGGUUCUAGACCAGAUACAGAGCCAAAGCCCUUGGCGAGGAUUAGUCGUUCUCAUUAUGCUCAUGGCAACACAUCUGUCAACAGCGUAUGCUAUAUCUUUUCCUAACUUCGGAGGACAUAUCCCUUACAGAAGAUGGGAAUGUAUUGGAACCAGUACAUUGUGCACAGACCGUCUAUCCGUGUACAACUUUACAAAUCCUGAUGAAUCGCCUUACAAUAGUGAUGUGCUUUGCGGGAAAUUCGAGGAAAGCCAAUCCCUGGAAGUAGGGAUAGAUUUCAACUGGGAUAUGUCGGAUGGGAGGAGCACAUAUGCAGUUGAUUGGAAUAUAUACUGCGGGACCGAGUACAAAGGCACUCUCCUCAGCUCACUGUUCUUCGUAGGAGGGUUCAUUGGAUUGCUAGUAGGAAGCUUCACUUUCGACACAUUCGGUCGGAGAACAACAGUAAUUGCAGGGUACUUCAUAGUCUCUCUUUGUAUGAUGAUCUCUGCAGCUGCACCUAACACGGGCACCUUGAUGGCUAUAAGAGUUAUUAUGGGUAUUGGAUCUUUCAUGGGCUUGAGUGGGCUCUACGUUUAUAUCCUCGAGAAUGUGUCUUCGAAAUGGAGAGGGUUAGUCAGCUCCAUUGUGGCCAUAUGCUACAAUUUAGGAUGGACUGCAGUUCUUCCCGCUUUUGGAUAUCUUAUUAAAGGUUGGAAAUGGUUGUCAGUAGCUGGAGGUAUACUCAUGCUCGCUUCAGUCAUUGCCUGGUUUUUUGUACCAGACUCACCAAGACAUCUGAUGGAAAACAAAGAUGACAAAGUUGCUGCAAUGAAUAGUCUGAAAAGAAUAGCUACAUUGUUUGGUAGGAAGCUUGACCUCGACGAAAUAGAAUUGGAAAGCUCAAAGAAAGACACCGCUGCACCUUCGUCUUAUCUCGAAACCUUAAAGGAUUUCAUUCACUUUCCCGAACUUCGAAUACAGCUGCUGAUUCAAAUGUUUCAAUGGAUAAUAUUAGCCUUCCUUUACUACGGUUUUAAUUUCAGCUGGGGCAAGCUUGGUAAGAAUAUUUACUGGAGCUACGCAUUUUCUGGGAUCUCAGAGGUUUCAGCUGCUCUGAUCUGUUGGUUCGGUCAGGACGUCUUUGGACGGAGGAUGACAAUGCUUUCCUUCAACAUUAUAGGUGGGGCAUCCUUCCUUCUAGCGCUGAUUCCCCUGAGCUUCGGUUCUCAAAACGUGUUGACAAUGCAGCAGCUGAUGUGCUUGAUAGGUAGCAUGUUUGUAUCGGGAGCAUGGGGCACUUCAUAUCUCUAUGUGGCUGAACAAUCUCCCACCAACCACCGUGGGAAGAUGUCUGCUGUGUGCUCCAUUUCAGCCCGGUUAGGUUCUUUUGCAGGACCACAAGCUAGUCUCCUUUUCACGUGGAAUAAGUCUGCUACUCUGGUAUUCUUCGGAAUUCUUUCAAUCUCAGCAGGGAUGGUUUCACUGAGACUACCUGAAACCAAAGGUAAGAAGUCACCGAACAGUGCCCAAGAAGUGGAAGACAGACGAAAAGCUUUUCUAUCUAAAACAUAACACCAAUGACAUCGAUUAAGAUUCCGACAAAGACCCUUAGACCCUUUGCUAAGAUUAAAAAUAGACUGUUCAGCUGAUGUGCAUCACCUCUUGAUCCUGCUGAACAGAGCCUCCGCCUUAAAAGUAAACAAAUGAGCAUCACUUCUUGAUUCUACAUAGCACUCACGCCGAAGUACGUUCCUGAAAGUGUAAAGGCCGAAAGGUCGACAAAACUUCAAAUAACUCAACAAUCCAGGGAGUUAUAGGAACUGCUUCUAAAGUGAGACUGGGACGAAAAAGAAAUGAACUAUUUUUUGACGUUGAUCAAUCAUAUACUAACUGAUUAUGAAUGACGAAUCUCGUUAUGUAUAUAUUAAUAUUAGUUGUAAGUUUUACUUUUAGUAUUUAUUAUAUUUCAAUUAAAAUUGUCAAUUUGGUAAUCUUUCUUCGCUCUUACGAGUGGGUCAAUUACCCGCAUUUAAGAAUAUAAUCAUUU